UCUAUGAAGCUGCCUGCGACUAAAUGUAACGGAAACGGAUGCGUAAUAUAAACGUAUUUAUUGUACUGUAUUUGACUCGCUGUAAGACACCGUUAAUAAUCCGCGACAGCUCCUCUGUGCGACGUGAUUAAACAGUUAGUAGCUGUAAUGCUGUUUGAUGUGUUUGUGUACGUUUGUUUAUUUUGAUCAGGCAGCACAGGGUCACCCCGCUCGAGUCAGUUGUUUUUAUCGCCUUUCAGUUUCUUCUAAACUUUUUAUUCCUGCUGCUGUAAAAUGAGUCUGAUGUUACGGUCGAUGUGUAAAAACUGCUGUAAGUCAGGAUGGAAGAGCUGGAGACGAGAAUACAGCGUGUUUAACUCGAGUUCAGUGUUAAAGUACACGAGUUUUUCAUUGAAUCCAGUGAAAUUAAGAAUGGAAUUGUUGCUCUUACAAUCACGUGUUUUCUCCAGCAAACCACCAAAAGGAUUUGAAAAGUUCUUUCCAAAGAGAUCAGCAACGGAACCCAGAGAGAAAUCCAGUGACCCGGAAUCCCAAAGAAAGAGCGGUGGAGAAGGAACAGGUGGUGGUGAGAAGAAGGAAGAUGGCAAUUGGUGGUCUCGCAUCCUACGUAGAGACGUCCCUUGGGAUGAGAAGCAUUUCUGGAACGUCCUUUUUACAGGAUCUGGGAUGCUGGCGACUUUUCUUUAUUUAUACUUCCGAAAUAGAGGAAGAGAGAUAUCGUGGAGGGAGUUUGUUCAUUACUACCUCGCUCGAGACCUGGUCGAGAGGCUAGAAGUGGUUAAUAAGCAGUAUGUCAGAGUGCUUCCUGCUCCCCAUGUCAACACGUCAGAGGUGAGUUAUGUUUGGUUUAAUAUCGGCACAGUGGACACGUUCGAGAGGAAUCUGGAGCAAGCAGAACGAGAGCUGGGUUUGGAUCCACACAGGGUCCAGGUGCUCUAUAGCACUGAGAGAGAUUGGAAUUUCCUCGUGAUUUUGCUCCCGUUCGUCGCACUGCUCGGUUUGCUGACGUUCAGGUCGAGGCAGUGGAAGUCUGCAGGAUGGCAGCGUGGAAGAGGAAGCAAUAUGCUUAGAAUGACCGAGUCCAAAGCGAAGAUGAUCAGAGACAGCAUUAACGUCAGGCUGAAGGAUGUUGCCGGCUGUGAAGAAGCCAAGCUGGAGAUUUUGGAGUUUGUCAGUUUUCUGAAGAAGCCCAAACAGUACCUGGAACUCGGUGCCAAAAUCCCAAAGGGUGCGUUGUUAUCGGGUCCACCUGGAACAGGAAAGACUCUGCUGGCCAAAGCGACCGCAGGCGAAGCUGGAGUUCCCUUCAUAACGGUCAACGGCUCUGAGUUUCAGGAGAUGUUCGUCGGUGUAGGAGCAGCCCGGGUGAGGGACACGUUUGCGCUGGCCAGAAGACACGCCCCCUGUAUCCUCUUCAUCGAUGAGAUUGAUGCCAUGGGCAGGAAGAGGGGUCGAGGGCACUUUGGUGGGCAGAGCGAGCAGGAGAACACGCUUAACCAGCUGCUGGUGGAAAUGGAUGGCUUUAACAGCAGCAUGAACGUUGUGGUUCUGGCCGCCACUAACCGCGUGGAUGUUUUAGAUCCGGCACUUUUAAGACCUGGACGGUUCGACAGGCAGAUUUACAUAGGUCCGCCUGAUAUUAAAGGCAGGGCUUCGAUCUUUAAAGUGCACAUGAGGCCACUGAAGCUGGAUGCCAGUUUGACCUCAGAUCAUCUGGCAAGAAAACUGGCUGCUCUUACACCUGGCUUCACAGGAGCCGAUAUUGCGAACGUCUGUAACGAAGCAGCUCUCAUCGCCGCACGUCACCUAGACCCAGCUGUGACCUCUAAACACUUUGAGCAAGCUGUCGAGAGGGUGAUCGGAGGUCUGGAAAAGAAGACGAGGGUUCUGCAGCCUGCCGAAAAAACCACCGUGGCUUACCACGAGGCCGGACAUGCUGUCGUAGGCUGGUUUCUGGAGCACGCAGACCCUCUGCUGAAGUUGUCCAUCAUUCCUCGAGGUAAAGGCCUUGGCUACGCGCAGUACCAGCCUAAGGAGCAAUACUUGUUCACACGUGAGCAGCUCUUCGACAGGAUGUGCGUGAUGCUCGGAGGGCGUGUGGCGGAGCAGGUGUUUUUUGGCAGGAUCACCACAGGAGCUCAGGACGAUCUGAGAAAUGUCACCCAGUCUGCAUAUGCUCAGAUCAUGCAGUUCGGGAUGAGCGAGUCAGUGGGGCAAAUGGCAUUUGAUCUGCCAAAGCAGGGCGAGCCGGUGUUAGAGAAGCCUUACAGCGAGGCCACUGCUGAGCUCAUAGACCAGGAAGUGCGUUCCCUUAUUAGCAAAGCUUUCGAGAGAACGCGUCGUCUCAUCACCGAGAAACGAGAGCUGGUGGAGAAGGUGGGGAAGCGUCUCCUAAAGAACGAAGUCCUGGACAAAGCGGACAUGGUGGAGCUGUUGGGCCCGAGGCCGUUUGUAGAGAAAUGCACCUACGAGGAGUUUGUGGAGGAAACCGGCAGCAUGGACGAGGACACGAGUCUGCCUGAGGGACUAAAGGACUGGGACAAGCACAGCGACACGUCUCAGCCUAAAGACUCCUCACAGCAGCACAGAGAGUUUAUAUACCUGUAGCAGUGACGGAACUCUGUGGAGCUGGAAACAACAAAAACGAGUGCCGGUGCAAUCAGAGGAUCCAAGCGCAACUUCAUUUUAAGGUGUUUGCUUUAAUCCCCUGUGUUAGGGACAAGUGUUUCCCUGACCGAGACACGGCCUUGAGAAGAAGGUCCUACCAGAAGGAUCCUGUCAGAACCUUCACCUUUACCUUCAAAUGUGGAUGAAGAUCUCAGAACAAGGAAGAUAGCACACGACUAGCAUGAAUUAAAAACAGCACAAUCUGAGACCUAAUCCAUUUUUCUGUGAACUUUCUGUGAACUUCUAUCUUUUUUAUAUUGUUCCCUGUGACAAAGUUUGUCCACCCGCCCCCCAACUUUAGAUCAGAAAUUACAAGCAUUUGUCUGGAAUAUAAUUAGCGGACUAAAUAUAAAUUCAUUAGCUAAACCACUCAAGGAAUAAAAUCUCCCGUAAGCUUUCCAGUAUCAUGUUUUGGUUGCCACGGAAACCUUCUUACUGGGCAAUAAGCAGCUAAGCUAGUUAAGUCACGAGUUAACGGAUCAUGAGAUGGUUAACUGGUUAAAUGGAAAGAUUAAGGGAAAUAAAUAUUUUUUAUUUUUUAUUAUUACUAUUCAAACAGUUUCUAGUGUAGCACCUCAGGUUUGUGACCUCGACAAAAAAGUUGAGAUAAUGUUUAGCCUGUGAGUUGUUUAGUGAGCCUUCAGUAAACUUCUCUGAUCUAAACUUCGCUCCUCUGUGGGAAAAUGACUGAGGUGAAGCAGGACUGUUACAUUUUGGUUGCGACCGGUUACAUUUCCGGUGCUUUAUAUCUGUACGUUUACAAAAUCAGACCACGUGACCACCAGAUCCUGAAUGAAGUCGGUGGAAGGGUUUAGAGAUACUGCAUCAAUAAAACCCCGGAACCUUCUGAAUGAUCGCUAGGAAGGAUCAUAUAAAGAAUCUGCAAAAUGUUAAUAAUUAAAAACAAAUUACAGUUUUCAAUUU